AUGCCUCCCAAAACAUCACCAACGCACGAUGUCACCGAGCUGCUGGGCCGCCGGAGUCUCGCCACCAUUCCCAAAGACCAGAAGUCGCUGCUCGAGGCGGAGGGCUCGUGGGCGGUGGACAUGAAAGAUGGGCCGCACGGUCUGUCUACUGUCCCGAGCCAUGUCCUGCAGACCCUGAAGGAAGCAUUUGUUCGUCUCAAGGACAAAAACGACCAAGAUGUGCAAGAAGGCCAGGGAAAUCAAGAGGGCGAAGAGGAUCAAGAGGAUCAAGAGAACCAAAAGGACCAAGAGGACAAAGAAGACCAAGGAGAUGAAGAGGGUCAAAAAGAUGACGAGGAUUUAGAGGGCAGAGAAGACCCCAAACACACGGAAGAUGCUAAACGCUCUCUUACCGUCAAUAACGGUGACAAACAGAUUGGAUCCUCCCCUGGCUCGAUCGCUGCAAGGUCAAGUAAAGUACCCGCAUCUUCUUCAGAGAGACCUACAGCUUCGUCACCAGAGAGGCCUGUAGCCUCGUCACCAGAGAGGGAUAUAUCAUGGCCGGCCUCACCAUCCAGAUCGGGGAACCAAUCAGACGCAUCUGAUCCCGGCUCACCCAUUGAAGAGGAAUACAAGUCGCCAUUGCUCGAACCGCUCACUCAACCGCCAGCGCCCAAAGCAGAUGACGCUGCAGACCCCGGCCCCUCUUCGGGCAUCAGCGAGCCCGAUGAUCUUGAGAUGGAGGUCCCCCAAGCCCAAACAAACCACCAUGAGGCACCAAUCAACCGUGUAGCUACGCUGAUCCAUACAGCAACGCCUCAAGAGGCCACGAGCAACUUGACAAACACGGCGUCUACUACAGAUACGCCUCCAUGUGCGCAGCCUCGUGUUUCGUCCGGCCCUCAUAUUCCCAUACCAACACCUCAGUUGUCUAUGCUCUCAACUGACCCAGUCCAUCAUCGGACACGAAGAAUGAAGCCGAUUCUGUUUGAUGAAGACGGCCCCACUGCCUCUGGAACUCCCCCAAUACGUUUGGUUCCUUCCACGCGCAUGCCUUUCGCGCGGGCACAUGCUGAGCCGAGCCUCCAGAGCUCAGCUGCCUCAACCCCAUUUGAUGAUGAUAUGAUGGAGAGCUCGCCACCCAUACCCCCACCACACAGAUUUAUCCAGGAUGCCGCCCCCCAGAACAGAGCUCCGGGGCGCCAAGACCAGAUCAAUCGGCUACCCCACAGUGAUCCAGAAGCAUCUCAUUCUCGCCAAACGCCAAUAGGCCAUUUAUACAAGAUACAAGCCGCCAUCGACGUGCUGAUAAGCAAAAGCGGAGAUCCCUAUAGUGCCUUCACUGCUACAUAUCCCGACUAUGCGACGGUUCAUUCAGGCAACCUCUUGAGCUUUGUUGAGGCGUGCUGCCACCUCUAUGAGCUCCAGGAAAAGAGACUGAUACGAGAGUAUCUAUGCGAUGACUUCAUCCGAGCAUGGUCCGGAUAUUUGAAGUACGCUCUCAGCGGGGGCCCUAGCCAUCUUCCUGCCAUCGAAUGGUUCAAUGAUCUUCGAGGCCCCAUCCUCUUCAACCGCAUGUGUGUAAACAAAGACAACCUAGACACAGUUUUGGGUGCAUACCCCGAGGAAGUCGCAAGGAUCAAGGCCGCAAUGAACCAGAGCAGGCAAAGGGGGCCGGCUCCCGAGCUAGAAAUGGAGAUGGAGCAAGACGUGGAAAUUGUGGACUUGCUGGACGAUGACAGUAUCAUGGACGACAGCGCCGUGGAAGUGAGACGAGGUGGACGGAGUAGUGUGUCGCGGGCGCAGAAACGACCAAGAGCAGCAUCCGCUGGGGACAUGCCUCCUCCGACAAGACAGCCGCCAACUGUACCUGCACCAUCACGGACAGCACCGGCACCACCACCUCCUCGACCUCCUAUUCCACGAGCUGCGUCCCCGGAUCUAGGGAGCGACGACUUUGAUUACCUCCCCUAUCCCGCCAAAGCACCAUCGCGACCAAAGCCACAACCACAGCCGCAAGCAGAGGCGCAUUCAAGAUCACGAUCACGAUCAAAAACACAAGCUGCUCAACCACAGCCUCAGCCUCAACCUCAACCUCGCCCUCAGCCCGAAUCUACCCCACAGCUACAACCGCAGCCACAAACCCAACCUCAGCUCCAACCAAAGACGCACAGAAGCCUCCCUCAGCGCUCAUCACCCCGACGCCACCCCACAACCUCCGCAGUAAUCUCCUCUCCCGUAUCAACAACCCGGCGACAACCUCUUCAAUCCUCCAACCCCAGGUCCUCCCCGCGCCCAGCGGCCGAUUACCUCGGGAGCCUCGUCUCAAAGGGCCGCACCACCCCUAGUUCGAGCGCCAGGUCGGGCUCCUCGAAGCCGCGCAAGAGAACGGCCGAGGAGCGGGCGCGGCUGAGGGAGCAUUUCCGGAAGAAGGCAUCUACUUCGUCGACGAGUUUUAUUGGCAGUGGCAUUGACAAUUGAGAGGAUGAAAUAAAUGGAAAAGAGAAAGGAAUUGGGCUGAGUGAAAAUGACGUAUUAUUAUAAUGAUGUACAUGGUUUAUUGAUACGCGGCGCGAUUGUUGUAUGAAAUGACUGGCAGAAAUGAAUGGAUUAUAUAGGCGUUUAUUGAUAUGGGAUGAAUAUGGAAGGCAUUUUAUAGUAACGAAAAAUAGACACAUCCCUUGAAGCAUGUAUUGGCAGCAACAAG